GCGCUUUCCCAUAUUAUCAAAACUUGUACCUCGGAAAAACCACAACCCAGAAAGAAAAGCAACGGUUAAAAAUGAGUCGACAGUGUCUUCUUCUCUGCCUUCUCUUCGUCGUGUCCGGAGCUGCCGCGGCGGCCAGGCUCGGCGGAUGGCAGCCGAUUAAGAAUUUGAAUGACCCGCACGUGGUGGAAAUCGCGAAUUACGCUGUGGGGGAAUAUAAUAAGAGAUCGACGGCUAAUUUGAAGCUGAAUUACGCUGUGGGGGAAUAUAAUAAGAGAUCGACGGCUAAUUUGAAGCUGGAGAAAGUGGUGAAAGGCGAGACACAGGUCGUCGCCGGAACGAAUUAUCGGUUGGUUUUGGAGGUGAACGGUGGUGCUAGCAAAGACUAUGAGGCGGUGGUUUGGGAGAAAACGUGGGAGAAUUUCAAGAAUCUGACGUCGUUUAAGCCCGUGAAAGCGUGAUUUUGGUUUUUGUUUUUGCGCUGGUGGUGUUAUUUUUUUAUGUUUAAGUGAUGCUUUUGUAUUGCUGUUUAAGAAAUUAAGAAUAAAAAUAAGAAAAUAAAGCCCAACAAGCGUUAUUUCUUGAUAA